CAUCUUGGAGAAGGCUGAGAAGAAGAAGUGGAAAAAAUUAUUGCGUGAGGGCGUCAAGACUCCCCAUUAUGUCAAAGUGGACUGGGACCAAGUGGGUGGAUGAAGAUGAAGACGCUGGUGGUGGUAUUGGUGAUAUUGAUUUGGGAGGAAUGGACUUCUCGAGCUUUGGCAAUAUGGGAGAUAUGGGUGAUGGUGGCAUGGCCAAUUUUGAAGACGAUGAAGAGCAAGAAGUGGAAAAGCCAGCAGAAGAAGACACUGACAAGGCCGAAGGAGAUGCAAAGCUGGAGGAGACUUCGGAGAAAAAGAACAUGUACCGAGCACAUGAUUUCAUGUCAGCCGAAGAUAUUUGAACUUCUCCAUGGUUGUGAAAUCAAACUGUGCUGCUUUGUAACUGAGUGAGAAGAAAACUUGCAUUAUCCAGUACAGUAAGAUAUAUGUUUCUAUGUAGUGGAUGGGAACUAUCUUUACAACAUGAAUUAGGGUGUUUUCUAUUUGUACCUUUGGAUCAUUUGUUCGAUGGACAUACGUUUAGA